GAACAGGAUCAAAACCAUGAGUUCUCUGGAGAGAACUGAAGUUUAUGUACCCAAAGAUGCUAAAGUGCAGACUGUUCCUGUGAAGUACUUGCCAGCAUCCACAGCUCGACAGAUCGGUCUAUUAAAAUCUCUGAAACCACUGGGAGGCUCUAUGAAAGAAAUGCCGCAGACGGCAACUUGGAUCUCCCCAGUGGUUAUACGGGAGAAGAAAGCUGCAGAGAGUAGUGAUGCCAGUGAUACAGCGCGGAGUCACUUAACAUCCCAAGUGAAAAAGACGGCUCAGGGACGCUUUCAGCUACCUGUCACAACCUCCAACCUAACAGCCUUCAGGUUGCUUAGAAAGUUUGUGCCUGUGGAUAAGUGCCAGUCACAAAAUACAGAACAAGAGGUCCUUGCAGCUCCUUUAACCCGUGGCAGAGUUACUUGCUUCGGUCAAGACGCCAUAAUCCUGUAUAACGGUCAAAUCUACCUCUCCUUGAAGAAGGAUAAGUCAUCAAGAAAACAGUGGAGGAAGCAGAAGUCUGACCCCGAAGGUCAAAGUGUCACACCUGUACUGGUCUCAGCUGGACAGAUUCAGAGAGAUUCUGCCAGCACAAGGUUACAGUCUGUAAAUGAGUGUUGUCCUGUGGGUGUGAAAUAUCGAGAUGAUGGGAUACUGCUGAAAGAGUUUGGCAUCACCCAGCGAGUGCAGGUCACCUUACCCAAAGUUUCUGUGAAGAUCCUGGACCAAAAGGGACCAGGUUCCCAGAGCCAUGAUCAGGAACAGGAAAUACAGGAAGAGAGCAUUGGUUCUUUGUUACAAAGUAGAUCACCUCAUGAAGCCUCAGAGGAUCAGGAGUCAGAGAUGAACCAGCCAUCCACAGGUGCCAGCUCCGAGCGCCCAGACGCCACUGCAAACGAACCAGCCCAGUGCAGCACCAGCGGAGAGGGAGAUGGUCAAGGAAUGGACAGAGAUGAAGAUAGGGUUGAGGAAUCAACACCGUUGGAUGAGACUGAAGCUUCUCCUCUUGGACACGAAGGUCAGACCAACGUUGAGAUGGAUCAGGGAGCUGAGGAGCAUGGAUGGCAUGGUACUGAAGGAGAACCAGAGGAAGACAAGAACGGUGAGACAAGAAUGGAAGACGGGAAGGGCGAGACCAAAUUCGAGCGCGACGUGGAUAAAGAAGCCCGAAACGAGGACAACAUUGUGACAAUGGAGGAUGAGAAUGCUUUGACUGAGUUUGAGCAUGACGCAAAUGAAGCGGCCCAGAGUGAGGACAACAUUGGGUCUUAUAAUCCAAACAGUGAAUGUCUUCUGGAGGAGCCACAGAAGAGCCUCGCAGCUGAAAAAGAGAAACGGGUCUCAGAUCAUUAUGUGCAGUUGGAAGAGGAUGAGGAAGUAUUGGAGGGCGGCAGUUCUGAAAACGAAGAUAUGGAGGUUGCCGUUCCAUCUGUCUCUGGGCCAAAGCAGGACUUUGGUUUUGACUUCGAGCAGUCAGAACAGGAGGAGAAGAUCAGCCGUAUAAGAGCGAGGCUAAGAGAGAGGGAAGCUGCCCUGAACACGCUGCUAUCUCAGAACUGAUCUGAGACCAGCGUGAAACAACAGCCCCAGCCAAACCCUUAGCUAAAAUUGAAUCCCUAACGGUUAACAUAGAGCUGUGUUUGUUUUUUGGUUUUUUUUCUUUUUUUAAUCUUGGUCCAAGUGGACAGUACGUUUCUAAUUUACGUUCAUUUACUAAUACACCUGAGUAAGAUAGUCAUGGACUUAGGUUAAGUGGACAUAUUGAACUGAGUGUACUGGGGCAUUGUAAGAGUU